AUGUGUGAUAUGAUUAAUGAUGCGAAGAUUUCUACAUUUAAUUUUACGGUAUUUACUGGUAAUACAAUACCUGAUCAAGAACUUGGUCCAGUUCGAGAUCAUACAAGUAAUUCAACAUCUGGCGGUUUUCUUUAUUGGAAUCAAUAUUUGCCAGUAAACGCAAGUGAUCAAAGUCGUGUGUAUCUACCAAAAACAAUUGAACAAAAUAAUGGAAUGUGUAUUCAAUUUGCUUAUUAUGUGAAAUCAAAAGUAGUUAAUAAAAAUACAACAAUGAUUCGUCUAUCUAGUGAUGAAAAUCCUAACAUAGGAUUAUGA